UCCCGCGUGUUCACCUGGCAAGCCUGACGUUGCUGCAAGACGUGCGCAGCUGUAGUGCAGUGAUACGAAAGACCACAUGGUCGCUGUGUGCUCCGGUAACGAAGUACUGCUUUAGCAUGAAGAACGACUCCAUCUUCCUUAACGUAGUAUCUACUGUUGUUUGCACAGUGUGGAGUGUAGUGGCGUCCCAAGACUGCAACAAGACUGAAGAGCUGAUAAAAUGCGUGAACCCGAUUCGAGUUCUUACAGAUGAUAACGAGUUUGGAUUCUCCAUGAAUAAGGAAGAACUGGACAGGCUAUGCCCGGAUCUGAACCGAGGAAUCCGUUGCAUCGACAGCUUCACUCGGCGGUGCAUGACGGAGGAGAAACGGAACCACUUCAACCGGCUGUACGACGGCACGACGCAAGUCAUCAAGAAGCUGUGUAAUCCGGGCCCCUACCAGGAAGAGUUCCUGAUUCACGCACCGUGCAUGCGUGAAGUGAGUACAGAGUAUGAGGACUGCGUGCAUAAGUACCAGCAGAAGAUUGGAGAGGUUCACGCGCGCGUAAACGAACAGCGCAAGAGAUCGAACAACGAGACUGCGUCCGAGGCUGUGGGACGAGAUGAAGAGCUGAGAACAGUGUGCUGUUCUUUCCGGGACUACUUGGUGUGUUCGCAAAGGAUCGUGAUGAAGAAGUGUGGGGAGGAGACUGCCAAGUUUACAGAGGAUUUCCUAAAUCAGAUGUCGUUUUCCUUAAUCCAGGCUCAUUGCGAGAAUUACCCUCACGGCUCUGACCAGUGUGAAUAUUCUGCCAGCAGUCACACCUGCCCGCAGUUUCUGCUCGUCUGCGUCUUUGUGAUAUCUUCUUAUUUCUAUCGCCGCACUUGAGUCACGGCUCCUCUGAACUCUCAAGUCUUUGUAAGUCUUUAGAAAGAAAGCAGGAGACGACAGAAGGAGAAAACAAAAAUACAGCUCACAUAUAACGAAGAUACGCGAAAAUAGGAACGGCCCAUUCGAUACACGUUUCAGCGGAAAUGUUACAACCACCCACACUGAUGCAUAAGCCGUACUUCCACGCAUGCGCCGUUUCUUGCACCAACAUACGUUUAUGGCAGUAACUGGAUUUCUGGUAUGUGAAACCGAGAAUUGUAAUUGUUUUCUGUUGGUUUUGAUCCAGUAUUAUUUACUUGCCUGUACACACAUCUGUGAGCUGCAGAACUGGUUCAGCAUGCGUCCCCGAGGAUGAACUGAGUAUGCAGCAUCCAGCCAGCUCUACCGGAUCAAGGUUUUAAUCGAGUCUCGUUCGUUGCGAUAAAAUUGUGGCCAUUUCUACGCAAUUAUAUUCUGCAAAUAUUAAAAAAAGGCUUUGCAUACAGAAGACUCGCUCGCGGAAAAAGAACUGCUAGUCAGAAUUAUUUUUUUUUCUUCAGUUUCCGGCUUGUGUUAACGAUUUUCAAACCUCGUUGAUCGUUAGUUCAAUUCUCUUCGGUAGGGCAAGUGCAAACUCUGUGGGCUAUCAUUCGUUAAUGUAAGCAAAUUAAUGAAUUUGUAAUUUUGAUUUGGACGGUGCUUCGUAUAUUUAAAUUUAGUAAAGAAUAUUCUCGUUAAAUUUCCGAAGCAAGAAAUUAAAUAUUUAUAACCUGAAAAUGAGUUCAUUGUAACUCUUAAUACAGAGGGAGACGUCCAUAUGCGUGUCUUACGAUUUCACGAUUGCUCAUUGAAAGCCGACGAUAUGAAAACUAGUUACCAGAAAGGGGAUGCGACUCACAUAUCUAAAAGAGUAUUUUCUGCGUGUUUAACUUUUAAAUUUAAAUAUAUGAUUAUUUUGUUUGCCUUAGACGUAGCUAUAAAUAUGUAAAUACUAAAAGUUACAAAUUUGCAUUUUAUAAGAUGAAAUUUUAUCGUGUAAGCGUUUAAAAGUAAUUUGACUGUAAGACUUGACACACUCUUUUCAGUGUCUCUCAUACAACUGCGUUACAAUUGGCAGAGAUACGGAAGUACCGAGAAACCAAAAUGCAUUUCGUUGUAUCCAUUUCCGCUCCACGACGACACGACAUAUUGUAAAUUGCACCUGGGCGAAUGCGUGAUAUUUGCGCCUCGUCGUGAAGUGCUUGCUUAUCCUUGUUCGCACGGAAGAGACAUUUGUAAACACCCUCAAUAUUACAUUACAGUCUUGUUACUUAGCGAUGAUGGGAUGCAUCGUUAUUAAACUCUACGUGGUUUGUCAGUAAAGUUCGCGAACUUAUCGUGGUGGAAGUACUACAUAACCAGUUC